GUGACAGAAACUCAUAAAAACGUGUAGUGCAUAGUGAAGGCAUUGAGAAGUGAACUCAUUUACCAAAUGGAUUUGUGAAUGGAAGGACGUAACAGACAAAAGUCCAUCAGACUGCAGACUUUUCUCUCAGAGUUAUUAUGGAAACAGAAGUAAUGGGAAAUUCUAAGUCUGGCAGCAGGAGGGCUGGAAACAAUGCCUUUAAAGUAGCCCUUGCAGUCUUUGUUUGUACCACAGGGAUACUCCUGGUUUUACUCUUACUAGUCAGUAAAGGACUCAUUAGCUUCCAAAAGGAUGAGUACUGUUUAACCCCAGAGUGCAUUGAAGCAGCUGCAAGUAUUCGAUCCAAAAUGAACCUUUCUGUGGACCCUUGUGAUGACUUCUUCCAGUAUGCCUGUGGGGGAUGGAUAGAAGAGAACCCCAUUCCUGAUGACAUGUCAAACUAUGGAAUUUACCCCUGGCUGAGAACUAAUGUGGACCUUAAACUUAAAGCACUCUUAGAGAAGCCUAUAAGCAAAAGAAGAGAUUCCGAGGCAAUACAAAAAGUAAAGACAUUUUACAUAUCCUGUAUGAAUGAAACUCAAAUAGAAGAGGAUGACAUAAAACCAAUUUUGAAAAUUCUGAAACAGCCCUCACUGCGUUGGCCAGUACUGGAAUCUAAUAUUGGAAGUGAUGGAAAAUGGUCAGAAAGAAAGUUCAGUUUCCUCCAGACUGUUGCAGAUCUAAGGAGGCUAUACAGCACAUCUGUAUUUCUGCGAGUCUAUGUGGCAAUCGAUGACAAAGUAUCCAAUAAUUUCAUUUUAAAGCUGGACCAGGCAUCACUCUCUUUAUUGUCCCAUGAGGAUUACCUUGAUAAUAGCACAAUUGCUAAGAAAUAUAGAGAUGCUCUCCUGGAGUUUAUGGUUGAUGUUGCAGUUUUGCUUGGUGCAAACAAGACUAGAGCAGAGACUGAUAUGAAAGCACUAAUUGAACUGGAAACAAAGCUUGCUCAGAUAACCGUUCCUCAAGAGAACCGGACCAGUGAAAUGAUGUAUAACAAAAUGAACAUUUCAGAACUCAGUGCUAUGAUACCGCAGUUUGACUGGUUAUCCUACUUGAAAAACAUUAUUGAUUUCAACAUUUACCCUGAACUUAAAAAUAUUGAUCUAUCUGAAAAUGUUAUCGUCCGGGUGCCACAACAUUUUAAAGACCUAUUUAACAUUAUUGAAUCAGAGGAGAAAAGGACUCUUGCCAACUACCUAAUAUGGAGACUUGUGUAUUCAAGAAUUCCAAACCUCAGUAGACGGUUUCAAUACAGACAGCUGGAAUUUGCACGGAUUCUCCUGGGUACCAAUUCAUUGGCAGGACGUUGGGACAGAUGUGUAAAUUACGUGGAAAAUUCUAUCCCCUAUCCUGUUGGCAAGCUGUUUGUUGAUGCACACUUUCAAGAAGACAAGAAGGAUAUGAUGGAAGAGCUGGUUGAUGGCAUUCGCUGGGCUUUUAUUGAUAUGCUUGAGAAGGAGAACGACUGGAUGGAUGCAGAGACCAAAAUCAAAGCUAAGCAAAAGGCAGUGACUGUAAUGGCAAAAGUUGGGUAUCCAGAGUUCCUUUUUAAUGACACCUAUUUAAAUGAAGAUAUCAAAAUGCUGAAAUUCUCAGAGUCAGACUAUUUUGGGAAUGUCCUACAGACUCUGCAUUUUAUAUCGCAAUCUGAUUUCUACUGGCUGAGGAGAAACGUUCCUAAAAAGGAGUGGUUUACAAAUCCAACCACUGUCAACGCAUUCUACAGUGCAUCAACCAAUCAGAUCAGAUUUCCAGCUGGAGAACUUCAAAAGCCUUUCUUCUGGGGAGUACAGUAUCCACGAUCACUGAGCUAUGGAGCAAUAGGAGUAAUUGUUGGGCAUGAGUUCACACAUGGAUUUGAUAACAAUGGGCGGAAAUAUGACAAGGAAGGUAAUUUGUUUUCUUGGUGGACAAGUGAGUCAGAAGAAAGGUUCAAGAACAAAACCCUAUGCAUGGUGGAGCAGUACAAUAAUUAUUACUGGAAGCAAGCAGGAUUGCAUGUUAAGGGAAUGAAGACUUUGUCAGAAAACAUAGCUGAUAAUGGUGGAAUAAGAGAAUCUUUUCGGGCAUACAGAAAGUGGAUUGAAGAUUUAAGGAAAGGGAAAGAAGAAAUGCUUCUACCAGGCCUAGACCUCAAUAAUAAUCAGCUCUUUUUUAUAAGCUAUGCUCAUGUGAGAUGUAACAGCUUCCGUAUUGAAUCUGCAAGAGAUCAAAUAAUGAAUGGCGUGCACAGUCCCCCCCAAUUCAGGGUAAUUGGUGCAAUGAGCAAUUUUGAAGAGUUCCACAAAGCUUUUAGUUGUCCCAAGGACUCAAAAAUGAACAGAGGGGCUAAUUCUUGUCGAGUUUGGUAGAAAGAAAGAUUACUUCUUAUUUUUCUUCAUAUAAUAAAAGGACUUAUCUUUGAAGUGCU